AAUUCUAUGACACUCUACAUUCAGUUCAGCCACAUACCGAAUGUCGCACAGAUCGAGACCUACGCACUUCUACAUCUGCUCUGCCGUUGCCCUGUCUGACGGUGCGCUGCGGCCCGAUGUGUCGCCAUAAGACCAAUGGGCAGCGAAAACGGGUGCUUUCGGUCGUCGCUCGCCUAUCUUUAUCCUACCUGCCAUCGGCAUGGCUCGGCCAUGUCCUUAGACGACCGAUGCCGACGUCUGCAUGAUUGGCCUUUCUCGUCGCGAUGCGCAAAAUCAGACCUCAAUCCUUCGGACUUCUGAGGGACAGCACUGCCCCUUAACCAGGCUCGGAAAUCGCCAGAGUCCACAUCUUGUCUCACAUCCGCAUCGCUAGUCAAUGAAGCCUCUGCCAGUAGAGGCCCUGGAUCCGUUGGUACUUCUCCAGCGUGUUAGAAAUCUUUGUCCAACUCUGAAGCUUGCCGACAACCCGUUCGGGCUACGACGCGAAAGAUGUACGAGAAGCUGCACGCGGCGUAGUCGAAGCCACUCCACAUCUGUGUCUGUCCGAUGCAGCCAACGUGGAGCACGUUUACCGGCCGACUCGAGGAAUGGGCCAGAACAAGCUGACCCACGUUGGGUCGGCCGGAAGGAGAUACUAGUAUCCGGCCGCAGCCCUGAAGGUCGCCCAGGGAACCACGAUGAUGCCAUACUGUGGGCGUGAAUGAAGGAACAACGAUGAAUGUACUGAUCUGUACGUCGGGGGAGGGAACCGGUGGAUCGCAUACUUACAACGCCGACGACGAUGACGGGACAUAGAAACUGGAAACAUCGCGCUGACCCCUUCAACUAAACGUGAGAAAUGCACACUAUCCGCAGGUUUCUGCUACCGUUCUGUAGAAAGUCUAUCUAGUUUUCUGUAGAUCCAUCCCUUCCGGUUAGGCAUUUUGUGCUAGGGCAGUGAAUAACCAAGUGAAUACGAUGAGGCCCGGCAAAGAUACAGCUGGGCUUUUGUGUCGUCUCCCCGACCACCCCCGGCCACCGCGAUGCAUCAGAUCCCCUUCAUCCGCAACGAGUGCGACAUCCCCGUACCACACUCGUACUCGCUGCAGCUCAGGACAUUGGGUGAUUUGCCCAGCAAUCUGGUACACGCUGAAAGUCCUAGUCCCAGCAGGGAUUUGAAGACACGUUCUGGGACAUUCCCAGACCUUUGCGCCGUUGCUGUUUGCCGUACAAUCGAUGAGGACACGGAAGUGUUGGGUCUCCGGCCAGCUUUGCGAGACCGUGGGCUCCUGAUUCGCCUGGAGCAAAGAGAACAACUGAGCAGAAAACAUCCACAGUAAAGGUCGGCGGGCAUGGAAUGCCUGCGUCUCGCGGAGCCCGACGUGGAUGUUCGCCGAGUUGUCGUAGGUGCCCAUUUCGAAGCCAGCGACAUGUGCUAACCCAGCGAUAUGUGCUCCGGCCCUGCGAGAAGCUGGCUUGUCGAUCUCUUUCUGCGCAAACUCGAACCCGCCAGCCUUCGCAGUCGGCCAUCCAACCGCAAUAUCUGAUGCACGGCAUUCCAAAUCCACCGCGAAUUGAGUGGCCGCGCAAGCGAGAUGAGCUGGGAAUCUUCGAUAUGCGGCCAGGGCCUCCAGGCAUUCAUCGCUCCUGGACUCUUUCUCUGUUGUUGAAUGUGCGCCCUCUGCCCAUGAUGGUAGGGCUGCCGGCUAAAGAUGCU